GAGUUAGUAAUUGAUUGAUCCAAUAUAUGGGGUGUAGGUUCUUUAGGUGAGGUAAGAUUGCAUUUAAUUUGAACUAAUGGGGUCUUGGUUUUUUAGUUUUUUGGUUAGACGAUUAAACAUAUGUUAUUUUUUUGGAUUUGGAGUGGAUAAGUAAUGAGAGAUUUGGAGAAGUUGUUCCUUAUAUUUGGGGGGGUUUGGUUAGUGAAGAUCUCUGCUAUUUUAUUUGCUAUGUUAAUUGGGUUGUUACUGCUUAUAGGUUGAUAUAAGAUUUCUGGGUUUCCGUUCAUGUCUUUGUGACAUCUCCGAGUAGAAGUUUCUAGAAUUGAUCAAGUUAUGAUGCGCUUUGGUUUGUUACAUCUCAUUAUUUGCUGUACUGGUUUUUGAGUUAUAAACUACGGAUGCUUGGUUCAUUUGAUUGGAUUAUAGAGUCCAUAUUAGAGUUUUUUCAGGUUAAGCUCGAGCAGAAUAUCUGUAAUAUGUUCAGUGGAGCCUAUUAGUGAUCAAUGCCAUUUUCUGUGUUGAUAUUAAGAUGUAUGUGAUAACUGGGGUUUUAUAUUAUAGGCCUGAUAUACUGGAUCUUAUAGUAUGGUAAGUGUUUCUGGGUCUGCCGAAGAUUGUUUAAAACAGAUCCACUUCUUGAAAGUGGCAUGUUUCAUGGAGUGAUUUUGUACAAUUAUUGGAGAAUUUGUCGCGGCCUGGAGGAUGUUGGUGAUUGCUAUAUGCUAUAUAAUGAUCCAUGGAACUGCUAGUGUGACCAUGUCUACGAUACAUGUAAAAAUAUGCAGGAAAAGAAUUAGGUUGUCUUGUGCCAAAUUAUGGAUUACUUAUUCUAACAUGAAUAGUUACCUAUCUUGUUCUUGCAAAUCGAUUUUUCUUAUGGGGGAAUGCGGAUAUUGCCUUUCUAUAAUAGGUUCUUCUCCUUUAUUCCUAUAGGACUUGUAGGUUUAUACUCGUUGGGCUUGUAGUUUAAUAUUUUUGAAUACCUAUCAGGGCCACUCUCAAGGCAUUGCUCAUUCUUAUAAUGUUUUACAUGUAGUUUAUUUAGGUCAAAAGUAAAAUGGGGACACCAUUUGAAUUAACGUUCUACUAUUCCUUGUCAUGAUUAAGGAGAUGGUAUCAUAAGGAAUUGAAUUUAAUGUGUUUUGUCAAAAUUAAAUCUAUAAAAAAUUAGGGUGUUUAUAAUGGUUUAGGCAGAAUAUAUUGAUAUAAUAUUCUACUAAAGUCUGAAUUAACUGAUCAAAUAGAUUAAUCAAACCUAUAAUUUUGGUUUUAAUUUUUCAUUCUUUAAAACUAAUCUUUUAUGGAUUUGAUAUAUAAUUGUGUCAAAAAUCAUUGAUUCGUUUUCUGCUCACAAAAUGAAAAAUAAGUGUAUCACAGCCCCAUUAUGUAGAAUUAUGAGUAGUAAUUAUGUUGAUGAAUUUAUCCAUUUCGUUAGAAACUUCUAUUGUGUUGAAGAUAGAUUCUUUCUAAUUUUGCUAACAUAGAUUCUUUCUAAUUUUGCUAAAUCCCAACUUGACCGUUUGACUCCUGUAAAAAUUUCUUAUCUAGCUCAUUUACUGUGAUAAAUUAAUCAAUUUUCACUUAACUCAUCUAAUUUUAAAUAAGUGAGAAGUAAGAUCUUUUUUCCUAUUAACUAAAUUAGAUUCUUUUUUUGUUCAAUUUAAACAUACAACUGAGAAUAGCAGAGAAGAAGAACCUUCUUUUGUUAAAGGAGAAUUGCUUUUUGUUUUUUUUUUUCCUUAUAAAUGAAACUUUGACGAUUCUAUAGACGAGCUCAUAAGUUUUAUAAAUUAGCGUUAAUUAUAAGUCUUUAAAUAAUUUAUCUUGUAAAAAAAAAUAAUAAAAAAUUAUUAUUAAUAAAAUUGAACUUGAAUUACAAACUUACAACUCAAUGGUGCAAACUGAACACCUUUCCACACUAUCGCAACAUUUGGUGGUUAGAUGCAUGCUACAGCAAAAGAAAAUCUGGCACCCUGCGAAGAUUACAAAACUAGAACUGCCUAUAACAUUUAUUUGGAAAGUUUUAAUUGAUAAUGGAGGACAGAAAAGUAAUUAGAAUAUUAUUUGUUCUUGUCCCUGAUUUUGUUUUCUAUUUUCUUCCACUGCUGUGACUGCAAAACAGAGCAGAAAUUGAAUGUAUGAUCACAAAAGGGAAAGAAAUUUGUCCUAAAUCCAACCUUUUUAUCUAUAUUUACCAAAAUUGGAGUUCCAUAAUCAUUUCAAAUUUACUUACCAAAGAAGCCUUACAGACACAACUUUUCCUGCAAAUUUUGUUGCUUUAAAUAUGCAAGAAAAAAGAACACAACCCAACUUACUAAGACAAAAGAUCAAGAAUCAAGAAUUAUCCUUUGUUUUCUUUUGUUGCCAGGAUCAAUUUGAUACUGGGAUUUUCUUUAGUGUUAUAAAGGAGAAAUGGUGUCAAUGAGAGAAGUGAGUGAAAGUAAAGAGGCUCCAUUUAGUGAUAACAACAAGAAAACAGGUGCAGCAGAAGAUACUUCUAAUAUUCAGGAGUCGAAACCUGAAAAUGGAGAUGGAGCUGCCUCUAAAGUAAAGCUGAAGAGAGGUUUGUCUAAGAAUGUCGAAAAUGUGUAUAGUUCAAGAAAAAUGACUAAGCGGGCGGCUGCUUGUUCAGAUUUUAAAGAAAAGCCCCUUGACUUCUCAGAGGAAUAUUCAUUUACUGAAAUUAAAAAGGAGGUUAUAGUGGAACAUGAAGCUGUAGCCUUAGGUUUGACAGCUGGGAGGGAUGAUCUUCGACCAAACAGAAGAUUGAAGGAUUUCAUUUUUCAUGAUGCUUAUGGAAAUAUACAGGCAGUUGAGAUGUUGGAAUUCUUUGAUUUGUUCAUUUCAGGCCUAAUCGUGCCCCUGGAAGAAAGUUCUGACAAGGAUAAAGAAAAAGGGAUUAGAUGUAAUGGUUUUGGAAGGGUUGAAUCAUGGGCCAUUUCUGGCUAUGAAGAAGGGUCACCUGUUAUUUGGGUCUCAACUGAUAUGGCAGAUUAUGAUUGUAUCAAACCUGCAAAUAGAUACAAAAAGUUGUAUAAUCUUUUCUUUGAGAAGGCCCAUGCAUGCGUGGAGGUAUACAGGAAAUUAUCAAGAAUGCAUGGCGGAGACCCCAAUAUAAGUUUUGAUGAACUGAUUGCAGGAGUUGUGCGUGCAAUGAGUGGCAGCAAAAAUUUUCCUCAAGGCAUGUCCAUCAAGGACUUCAUAAUUUCACAGGGGGAGUUUAUUUAUAACCAAUUAAUUGGCUUGGAUGCCACAUCCAAGAAGAAUGAUCAGAUGCUUACAGGAUUACCUGUGCUUUUGGCCAUGAGGGAUGAGAAGAAGAAACGUGAGGGUUUGUUCAUGCACGAGGCCACUACAACAGGUAGAACGGUAAAUAGAAAUCUAACAAUUGAUGGGAAGUUAACUAACCAGCUCCUUUCGUCCAGUUUGGCUGAGGAAGAUGAGGAUAUGAAAUUAGCCAGCUUACGACAAGAGGUAGAGAACUGGUUGUCAAUGAAGCAAAAUAAACGUCGAUUUUCUGUUCCUUCAUCACACUUCUAUAUCAAGAUCAAUGAGGAUGAAAUUGUGAAUGAUUAUCCUUGGCCUACGUAUUACAAGACCUCCGCUGAAGAAAUUGACGAGUUUCUUGUCAUUUGUGAUGAUGAAAUUUUUAACCCUCCUGAAAAUGUUCUUCAUAAUUGGACACUUUACAACUCUGAUGCUCGGUUGAUUUCGUUGGAGCUCCUUCCGAUGAGGUAUUGUGCUGAUGCUGAUAUGACAAUAUUUGCGUCAGGUAUUGUUACCAAGGAUGGCGACUUAAGUGGCCGUUAUCUUGAUGUCAAUUCUGACCUGCCUUCAUCAGCUUCUUCUGACGUUCAGGAUGUUGGACUUCCAAUAUAUACAAGUGCAAUUAAGGAAUGGAAGAUUGAAUUUGGAUCAUCGAUGAUUUUCAUUUCACUGCGAACAGAUUUGUCCUGGUAUAGGCUUGGAAAGCCAUCAAAGCAGUAUGCUCCAUGGUACAAACCUGUUGUUAAAACAGCAAGGCUUGCAAUCAGCAUUAUAACUUUGUUGCAGGAGCAGAGACGAGUAUCACGACUUUCCUUUGCUGAUGUGAUCCAACGAGUAUCUAAAUUUAAUGAGGGACAUCAUGCUUUUAUUUCUUCUUUAGCUGCAGAAGUGGAACGGUAUGUGGUAGUUCAUGGGCAGAUUAUACUGCAGUUAUUCAGUGAGUUUCCUGUCAAAGCCAUCCAGAACUGUCCUUUUGUCACUGAUCUGCAUAGCAAGAUGCAGCAAAUAAAUCAUUUAAAGUUGCGGGUAAAAGAGAAAAGGGUAUUGAAGAAGGGACUGAAUUUAAAUCCAAGAGAAGCAGUGGCCACCAUAUCAGAAAGGAAGGCGAUGGCAGCUACAACAACAAAACUCAUUAAUAGGAUUUGGGGAGAUUAUUACUCAAACUAUUCACCUGAAGAGUCAAAUGGUGCAGAUGGUCUUGAAAUAAAAGAGGAUGAUGAAGUUGUGGAGGAACAAGAAGAAAGUGAAGAGGAAGAUUCUGAAGAAAUAGAAGAACAAAAAAUGGAAAUUGAAAAGAAAUCUGAAAAAACUCGAUCAACUGAAAAACUGAAUACGUGGCAAUGUUCUAAUCAGGAGAUAAGAUGGGUUGGGGGGUUACUGGGCAAAUCAUGCACUGGCAAGGCUUUUUAUAAAAAGGCCUUUGUCCAUGGAGGUAUAGUGGCUGUUGGUGAUUUUGUUAUGUUGGGAACAACCGACGCUGAUCAAUUGUCUCCCAUAUAUUUUGUGGAGUACAUGUUUGAAAACUCAGAUAUGAGAAAGAUGGCUCAUGGCAAACUGAUGCUGUAUGGCUCUCAGACUGUUCUUGGUAACACUGCCAAUAAAAGGGAGUUAUUCUUGGCAAAUGAUUGCCUUGAAUUUGAAUUGAGUGAUGUUAAACAAAAUGUGGUUGUAGAAUUCAAGUUGACUCCUUGGGGUUACCGGCACAGAAAGGCUAGUAUCAUUAAGGAUAGAACUGAUAGAGAAAGGACAGAGGAGAGAAGAUGUAAAGGACUGCCGAUGGAAUAUUUUUGCAAAAGCCAGUACUUGCCUGAGAGAGGGGCCUUCAUUUGUCUUUCAAAAGAUACCAUGGGUCUUGGAAAUGGAGUUUGUCAUUCCUGUAAAACAAAAGAAAUUCAAAUGGGGAAGGAGAGUUUUAGGUUGAAUCUGUCGAGUGAUAGCUUUGUUUACAAAGGAACUGAGUACUGCAUUCAUGAUUAUGUCUACCGAGCUCCUCAUCAUUUUACAGUAGACGUUAUGGACCUUCAAACUUUUAAGGGUGGGAGAAAUGUGAGGCUGAGACCUUAUGUUGUUUGCCAGUUGCUGGAGAUUCAAGUGGGUAAAGGGUUGCUACAAGUUACCCCUGAAUCCAUACUGGUUAAAGUGAGGAGAUUUUUUAGGUCUGAGGACAUCUCAGCGGAGAAUGCAUAUUGCUCCGAUAUUCGAGAGGUUUACUACAGCGAACAUAUCGAGACAUUUCCUAUUCUGGAUAUACAAGGAAAGUGCGAAGUUAGAAAGAAGCAUGACCUUCCAUCUUUUGACAAACUGGCUAUAUUUGAGCAUAUUUUUUUCUGCGAGCAUAUAUAUGAUCCUGAAAAGGGAACAAUCAAGCAGUUGCCUGCACACAUCAAGCUUAGUUCCUCAAAAGAGAGGAUGAAUGACGAUAUUCUGUACAGGAAGAAAAAGGGAAAGUGUAAAGAAGGAGAAAAUGAUUUUGAUGAUAAUGUAAAAAGAUCAGAAGCACUGUCUAGAAAUCAGCUGGCCACCCUAGAUAUCUUUGCUGGCUGUGGAGGGUUAUCUGAAGGCUUAGAGAGAGCAGGUAUAUCAGUGACAAAAUGGGCAAUUGAAUAUGAAGAACCUGCCGGUGAAGCAUUUAAGCAAAAUCAUCCAGAGGCAUUGAUGUUAAUUAAUAACUGUAAUGUGAUCCUAAGGGCUAUCAUGUCUGCCUGUGGGGAUGCAGAUGACUGUAUAUGUACUUCUGAAGCUUCUGAGUUGGCAGAAAAACUUGAUGAGAAGGAGAUUAGUAAUUUUCCCCGGCCCGGGGAAGUGGAGUUUAUUAAUGGAGGGCCUCCUUGUCAGGGCUUUUCUGGGAUGAAUAGAUUUAAUCAAAGAAGUUGGAGUAAGGUUCAGUGUGAGAUGAUCUUAGCCUUCUUAUCUUUCGCUGAUUACUUCCGCCCAAAGUUCUUCCUUCUGGAAAAUGUAAGGAACUUUGUAUCAUUCAACAAAGGGAAUACAUUUCGUUUGACUCUGGCUUCACUUCUUGAGAUGGGUUAUCAGGUCAGGUUUGGAGUUUUGGAAGCCGGAGCCUUUGGUAUUUCUCAAUCUCGUAAACGUGCAUUUAUCUGGGCAGCUUCUCCAGAGGAAAUUCUCCCUGAAUGGCCGGAGCCAAUGCAUGUUUUUGCUGGCCCUGAGCUUAAGAUUAAAUUGUCUGGAAACUCUCAAUAUGCUGCUGUGAGAAGUACUGCAAAUGGUGCUCCUUUCCGAGCAAUUACUGUAAGAGAUACAAUUGGGGACCUCCCAGCUGUAGGAAAUGGGGCUUCUCUGACGACUAUGCAAUACAAGAAUGAACCUGUCUCAUGGUUCCAAAAGACAAUUCGGGGAGAUGCACUGGUCCUAACAGAUCAUAUUUCAAAGGAAAUGAAUGAGCUCAAUCUCAUUCGUUGUAAAAGAAUUCCAAAGCACCCGGGUGCUGAUUGGCGUGACCUCCCAGAUAAAAAGGUCAAGUUGUCCAAUGGUCAAUUGGUUGAUUUAGUACCUUGGUGCCUACCAAACACAGCUAAGAGGCAUAAUCAAUGGAAAGGACUAUUUGGGAGGUUGGACUGGGAAGGAAACUUCCCUACUUCUGUUACUGACCCUCAACCAAUGGGUAAGGUUGGGAUGUGUUUUCACCCAGAACAGGAUAGAAUACUCACAGUCCGUGAAUGUGCUCGAUCCCAGGGGUUCGCAGAUAGCUAUCAAUUUUUAGGAAACAUUCAACAGAAGCAUCGGCAAAUAGGAAAUGCUGUACCUCCUCCUCUGGCAUUUGCACUUGGGAGAAAACUCAAGGAGGCAGUAGAAAUGAAAAGGUUAAUGCAAUAGGGGCAUUAGCAUUUACACAGUAAUUUUUCAUAGUUGUCAUACACAGAGAUUUCGCAAAGUUGGCGUAUUGCCAUAUACACAGGUGACUUUUCGAAGUUGGUUUGCUGGUUUUGGCUCCCCAAACUUUGAUUGAAUUUAUAGAUCAUUAUCUGUUCGGUGCUUGUGCAAUUACUGUACAGCGAUUGUUGUUCAGAAUAGUUUGCCAAGCACAUACCCUUAAUACUUUCCUGCGACAGACGUCCAUGGCCAAAGGCAAACUAAUCAUAAAUGUUGCUGUGGUUUAUAGUGCAAUAAUACAUUUAUAUAAAGCUCCACAGAUCAUAGUUUCUUUUUUUCAA